CAGCACAGCCGCAAACCAGCCGCAAACCAAGCCUUGACCAUGAAGCUUUAGACCUAACCAAUCAUGGGGACGUGAUCUCUAUACAUAGGCCUAGCCAUAAAGGUCCAAGAUUCAUGCUAAUAGUGCACACAGCUCUCUGAAAUCCGUGCACAAGGUCCUCCAGUCAGCAGGUCGAUGCUGAGAUCAGAACUGGUGUUCUGACUUGGUGACCAGGUGACCUUGCAAGGGAUGUCCCGAGCUAACCCACACACUUUGGGAGACAUGAAGGAUAAAAAUGGAAUCUCUAUACUUGGAUCUUUCCAUCAAGACCUUAAUUGCCUCUUAUCCAUCACGGGAAGACCCAAAGAAAUGGAGCUGAAGGUCGAGUGUUCAGCGGAUAGUGCAGCAAAAUAAGAAUUCUGUUUUCUGAUUUUUGAUCCUUAAAAUGUGCACAUGUUAGUCACGUGAUACUUUUUAGCCGUUAUUCUUGUUUGGGGGCGUGUCAUAAGCCUUGUCAUUGUAUUUCCCACUUCCCAUAUGUCUAUAUAUAGAUGGCUCAUUCAUUGUAAACAAGUUAGUUGAUUUUAAUGAAAACAUUUCAGAAAAAAUUCAGUGUUUGAAUUUUUUUUCAAUUGCCUUUGCAAUUGGGUUACUAGGGCCAGUUUGCCCUUCGUGUUGGUGUGAAUCCUUGAUCAGCCUUCAAGGCCACACUACACCCUAUCCAAGAACGUUGAUCAUUCCAUUGAUUGAUCAAAGGAAUGCAUCGGGGUUGUAUUGAGAGGAGGUCUGGCAGUCCAGCUCUUGUCAAUAUGCUGCAUGUCAGCCUUGGAAUAUCCCCCCCAUUUCGUAUCAAAUCCAAGGUCAUGCGUUGACCACGCGUACUUGGAUCAAUUGGUAUCAGAGCCUCAAAGUCCUUGGGGUUCAUAAUUCAAUCGGUUUUUUAUGAGAAACAACAGAUAAAAGUCGCAAAAACAAGAAGAAUAGAAGCUGUCAGAAACUGACUGCAUUUGGGGUCGAAAGUAGUGGUGUUUUGGGGAUCGUAUUGUGAUUUGUUUUCAAAACUGUUUUUACACGGUAUUUGUGGUUGAGUUGGGAAACUUUUGGCUUUGGAAUCUUUGGAUUUGGUGUUGUGGUUAAGGAGAUAUGAAUUUUUCUUUACUGACUGCCCAAAACUGAUGAAAUCCGGGUACCUUGGUAAGUUGUCUUCGAAAACCUAUCAAGAUUCUUUUAUUUGGCUCUCAUCUUUCACCAAAUUAUCAAUAACUAUCCUAUAUUCAUUAAACCACAUCAUUUGUGCACUUUUUCUUACGUUUCAUAGGUUUCUUGAUUGACCCAUUUCAUUGUUGUUUCUCAAAGUACAGUAGAGUCUCAUUUGUACUUUUCUUCUGUAUUUUCAUUGUGUCUCUUUCAUUUUUGAGUCUUUUUCAUUGUUUCUUUUUUUCAUUUUGGGUAUUUUUGAGUCUAUUUUUUUAUUCAGUCUUGUGGUGUAGUCAUUGGAGUUGUGGAAAAAAAGAUGCGCAAGUGUUUUAGACCAAAGGUCACAAAACAGUUCAGAUUGGAUGUUUGGAGGAAUUUUUUUUAAUUGUGAUCAAACUAGACCACGUAUUUGAGUAUUUCCAAUUUGGGGUGUUUGUAGACAUCUUGAGGUGUGUUGUCACCAAGUUUCAUCAUACUUGGAGUUGGUUUGGUCGGGUUUUCAAUAGCAAACAUUUCAUACUGAUUUCUGAAUUUGGCUGUUUGGUUCUGAUUUGCCUCCUGUCUUGUGCACACAUCAAUAUUACUAGUAGUUGUUGCGGUGUUUUUGGGGUUAUGUGUAGAAAGCAUGCAAGGAGAGGGUCAAGAAUUGAGGACAAUUCUUUUUCCAAGAAGGGGAGAUUGAACCAUAUUGGUUCAGAUCUUGGUAGCUUGGCAAUAAGUGGAAGAAUGGACGUGUGUUGUUCAACCAUAUGCACAUGCAUCUCCCAAGUUAUUCUGAUUCUGCACUUAGUAAUUCACCCAUGGAUCUUGAAUGUAAUGAGAGCCAAGACAGCUAGGAAGGGGGAUGAAUUGAUCAUGGAAGAAUAGAUACAAAGGCAAGAACAAGGAAAGCCAACAACAUACACAGAACACUAAAAACAGUAGCAGAACAGCACAGCCGCAAACCAGCCGCAAACCAAGCCUUGACCAUGAAGCUUUAGACCUAACCAAUCAUGGGGACGUGAUCUAUAUACAUAGGCCUAGCCAUAAAGGUCCAAGAUUCAUGCUAAUAGUGCACACAGCUCUCUGAAAUCCGUGCACAAGGUCCUCCAGUCAGCAGGUCGAUGCUGAGAUCAGAACUGGUGUUCUGACUUGGUGACCAGGUGACCUUGCAAGGGAUGUCCCGAGCUAACCCACACACUUUGGGAGACAUGAAGGAUAAAAAUGGAAUCUCUAUACUUGGAUCUUUCCAUCAAGACCUUAAUUGCCUCUUAUCCAUCACGGGAAGACCCAAAGAAAUGGAGCUGAAGGUCGAGUGUUCAGCGGAUAGUGCAGCAAAAUAAGAAUUCUGUUUUCUGAUUUUUGAUCCUUAAAAUGUGCACAUGUUAGUCACGUGAUACUUUUUAGCCGUUAUUCUUGUUUGGGGGCGUGUCAUAAGCCUUGUCAUUGUAUUUCCCACUUCCCAUAUGUCUAUAUAUAGAUGGCUCAUUCAUUGUAAACAAGUUAGUUGAUUUUAAUGAAAACAUUUCAGAAAAAAUUCAGUGUUUGAAUUUUUUUUCAAUUGCCUUUGCAAUUGGGUUACUAGGGCCAGUUUGCCCUUCGUGUUGGUGUGAAUCCUUGAUCAGCCUUCAAGGCCACACUACACCCUAUCCAAGAACGUUGAUCAUUCCAUUGAUUGAUCAAAGGAAUGCAUCGGGGUUGUAUUGAGAGGAGGUCUGGCAGUCUAGCUCUUGUCAAUAUGCUGCAUGUCAGCCUUGGAAUAUCCCCCCAUUUCGUAUCAAAUCCAAGGUCAUGCGUUGACCACGCGUACUUGGAUCAAGUUAGUCACAGAUUCAAUCAUUCAACACACCAGAUUUUUAUCUACUACUUUCUAUUUCUAGAGUUCAAUGUUCAUACACUUCGGGACAAAUGCAAGUCUUGAUUCACUCCAACUUCUAAGCAAGUAAAUCUGGGGAUUUCUUGUUGUGUUUUCUGAUUGGAAGUUUGUGAUCUGAAGUUCACAUGGAUUUGCAUUUGAAAAAAUUGUUUGGUAGAUUCCAUGAGCAAUUUGGAUGUGGACCAGGACUUGGUCCUGCAUCUGCAACUUGUUUGUUUAAUGUGGACGGUGUAGAUGCUGCCUUCAUCAAGGCAUUAUAUGGAGCUGCUGCAGCUCUAUAUAGGACUGAUCCAUGGAAAAGAUUGCGCCCAGGACACUUCUUUGGUGUCCGGGUGGGCAGAGAAUUGGAAUGGUCUGGAAGGAAGCAGCUGUUUCCAUGUGUCCAAACCAUUGGUGGGGAUGGUGGGGAUGUGGCAUUUUAUUUGUUUCGAUCUGUUGAUGAUGCUCGGAAUGCAACCAAGCCAAGAGAGACGGUUCCUGUACCGAACACUGAGGUUAUGAGGGUGACAUUUGAGCUAGAAAAUUUGAUGUUUCCUUCUCAUAGAAAAAUGGUCAAAUUUUUGGCCUUAGAAGUUUCUGGAACUGAGUGCUAUCCAAUUUUCGAUGUUAUCUGUUGCACUUCGAGUGGUGAGCUUAAAUAUAGGAAUCCGACGUAUGAAGAACUUAGGUUUGCAUAUGCUGCCAUGAAGGGUAUAACAUUAGUUCACCCUUUGCUCCAAGAUGUGCAAGCUACUUCAUAUCCGACACAAUUGAUGUGUUUCGAGCCACUCAUUGAGACGGUGGAUGUUCAAUGGCCAGCGGUAAUGGCUAAGAGCAAUGACAUUGUGGCGGUUACCAUUUCACACCCACCUGGUCAAGCAUAUGAAGAAAAAACCAUAUCAUCAGCCAAUUCAACUCCCAACAAGUAUUCAGAAGCAGCUAGAGAAGAUAGUUUUGGUGACGUUAAAAUGUAUUCAAAUGCUUCUUUGAGGCGAUGUGCUAUGUGUGAUCGAGAAUUUCACAUGGAUCAGUCCUUUCCUUGCAGUAAGUGUCGUGCCAUAGUUUACUGCAGCCCGAAUUGCCAAAAGCAGCAUUGGAAGGAAUCUCACAAGAGCAUAUGUGGUUUGUACAAAGCCAUGAUGGAGAGAGAAGAGGAGCUUGCGAUAAAUAUAUUUUCGUUUCCUUCAUCGGCUGAUCAUCCUUGCAAGUGGCUUGAGUCUCUUGACCUCCAUCAUAAAGGAAUGUGGAGAAGGAAGUGUGGCUGCUAUUCUAAUAGGCCCUUUGGUCUUCUUCCUGUCAAAGCUGGUCUUUCGGAAUCUUGGGGCGGACUUGAUGAUGAUGAAUACCCACAAGAUUCUCCAUUUUCGAGUCAUCUGACUGAUGGGAUCUCAAGUCCUAUCCUUCUUUCUGGCUGGUCGGAGUACUACAACCUGAGAUCAUUGCCACUGUCUAGCCCUGUUGCGGAUAUUCUUUCGCACCCAUUAACAGUAUAUUACAUACUAACGGCAUUGAGCAUCACUUCAAAGAAUCGUUUGCUAAAAGGAAAAGAGGUCAUUGUUCAUUAUUUGGGUCCUGAAGGAGAGUUAGACUGGAUAACUGCUUUUGCUGAAAUGGGUCACCUGCUUAAUGGUAUUGGCAACAUACAGAUUGUCAUGGUGGGGCCAGAGGUUCCUACAAAUUUAUCCGGAACCACUUCAGGAAUUGGGAGCAGAGUGAGGAUAAAUCUCGCUAGGGGUAUCUAUCAAGAAGAAGCCACCUACUUGCCUUCUCCUCACGUUAUUGUCGCUUUGAACUGUGGAUUAGAGAACAAUUCAAGUUGGGGCGGAGCUCUGGAGCUAAUCAAGUCGAUGGGUAUCCCUGCAUUUUUCACUGAUCAGUCGGAGGUUUCAUGCACAAAUGCUAAGCAAGUUCUUCGUUCUGCUGGCCUGCAUAUCACUCAUCCUGUCACUCCCAAUCCUUUUCGUUCUCCUGUGCGGAACUAUGGGCCUUCAACAAAUAUGCCUUCUUACAGUAAUUGUUUCUUGCUUGGAGUGAAUACAUGAUCACCAAUCAUGUGAAUUGGAUCGGCAUAUUCAGUAUAUGACGGAGAAAUCUAUCUUGAAGAUUUAAGCUUAUAGGUAUCUGCUCAACAAACUAAAGUCUUUUGCACAUGUAAUGGAACUUGAUUUUGAAAUCAUUGUUUUUAUGCUGUGAUUUUACAACUGUAUAUUGAGUGUUAAAUCUUGUAGUUUA